AUGGAUCUAUCCUACGAGUAUUUGGAGUACUCUUACGAGACACGGCAGCACAUGCUAGGCUGUGGAAUCACGACCUCAGACUCUGAUCAGGCUGAGAAUAACAGCCCGGAGAGUGCGGUACGCCCUCAGGACGAUUUAGAAGGCCUCCUUAUCCUUGAUUCGGCGAUGCCGACGCCGGUCUCUAAUGAGGAUAACUCAGCUAAUCCCGAGACUGAAGAGAGCUUCAAUCAUCUCUUCGAUGAAGGCGAAAAUUCAAGCCUCUUUGGAGAAGGGGAUGCCAAGGACGACUCCAGCCUUUUCGGUGAAGGUGACGCCGGUGAUCAAUCCAGCCUUUUUGGCGUGGGCGAUGCCAGCAACGACUCCAACCUACUGGUAGAAGGCGACGCCGGCGAAGAAAUAGGAGCAUCUUCUCAAGACAAGUCAGAGGAGCCCGUUCGCCAUGAUGCGGCGAGGCCAUCACCGGCUCCGAUCGAGAGCGAUUCGGACGAUCAAGAUGUGUGGGCACAGAUGGAUGAACUGCUCAAGAUCGACGGCGACGACACAGAAGCAUCUUCACCAAACAAGCCAGAAGAUGUCAUUCUCCAUGAUUCCGCAAUGCCAUCGCCGGAUCAGCUCGAGAUCGAUUCGAGAGAGGAUGACUGUGAUAGCAUGUUUGAAGAAAGCAGUGAAGACAUCAGCACUCGCCCACCAGUCCUGCCAACAGUUGGCGAUAAUCGUCCCACCGCAUUGGCUCUAUCCUCAAGACAACCACCGAGCCCAGAACAGAGCCUGGCACCUUCACGCCGUCCCUUGGCGCUGCCUCCUCAGCGACCACAACCGGCAGUGGAGCUGCGAAAUACAGAGGAUCCUGCCCAUCGUUUUCCACAUUUGUCACUGCCUCGACAAAAGCCAGUGGUACCUGCUGUCGCUUCAAGCACUACGACGCCUUCCGCGCAGGCUGACCCACAUCCAGUGGCGUCAGUAGAUGUGCAGUCAAGGAAGCGUAGGCGAGAUGAUGAUCCGAUUGAGAUUGAAGACUCAUCACCUGUACCCGUGGCCAAAAAGAGCAGGAACAAAAAGACUGUUUCAUCCAAGGAUGGCAAGGCAGGCAAAAAGUCUACGCGCACUGGAUCAAAGCGGUGGACAAAUGGGGAAAUUGACUCGACAAAUGAAACUUUGCGGAUCAUGGGUGCAACUCGUACAAAGGAGUGGAUGCAAGGCAAAUCCACAGACUCACGCUAUGCCAAGCGCCCUCCGAUCGAGACGAAGCGAGCGAAAGAGCGAAGGGAGGCAGCCGAACAGUCUGCAGCUCCACCUGCCACCGCGGAAACGGAGCUUCCUGAACUCAACAUGGCUCUGUUGGCCCAUAAUCUUGAUAACGAUGACCUAUGGGCACCAGACGGAACCCUUUUGUCGCUUCCAACAGAUGUAGCGGACACUGCCAUCUCGGUGAGCUCCAACGGUACAACCGGCGGUCCACGAGGUGAGCCACCAAUGUCAGCGUCUCAAGCCUCACCUCCUGCCUCGCUCUUCACGGGCAGGUCGAACAGUGGCGCCUCGUCGGAUUUCAGCAGCACGAUCAUCGAUCUGACUGACGAUUCAAGCUCGGCUUGUGGAAUCUCAAGCUCUACCUCGCUCUCCACGGGCAGGUCAGACAGUGGCAUCUCUAUGGCUUCCAGUCAUACCACGAUUGACUUGACUGGAGAGUCAGGCCCGGCUUGUGGAGCUACAUCUUCUGCUUCGCUCGCCUCAGGAAUGUCAAACAGUGGCACCUCGACCACUUCUAGCCGUAUCACGAUUGACUUGACUGCCCAGCCAGAAACAGCUUCUGCUAUGCAGAGGAGCCGCGGCGCAGAAUCGGCGCAGACAGCAGAAGCCCCAUCAAGUCCAGGCCCCAAUCUUCCGGCUCCAACAUACGGCAAAUCAUCUUACCAGACAUCCUUCCUUAGAGACCAAGAGGAAGCUCUCAACGGUCACAAAGCAGAAUUGGAAGCAAGGCUUCGGGUCUAUCGAGCCCAGGGACAUAUGACGGAGAUUGAGGUAGAUAUGAGUGGUCCUGGGGGCAUAUGGAAAGCGAGAACCCAGCUGAAAAAUAAUAUGACUAUGGCGGAAUGGAGGAGUCGGCAGAAGCAGUGA